CGGGUACUUGCAAGCAGUUCCAUAAAUGCAACGGCGGCUUGCCCCGACUUGCAAUUGACUUUCACUCACGAGAGAUGUUGCGAGCAGCACUAGUUAGCACCCCCCGCACUUCGCUGCGGUCUGCGUAUGUGUCUACUCACGUUUUCCGACCUUCCUUCCAAGCGCUCGCACGAUAUGAGUCUUCUAAGCCUGCUGAUCCCGAGGCUUUGAGGGCUGCGCGCAAGCUUCAAGACGCCCUACAGAGGAAUUGGCAGAGCCCUAUUCUUACCUAUGAACAGGUUAAGCCAAAAACUCUACAGCCAAGCGAUGACGCAUAUCUCAUUGACGUGCGCGAGCCUGACGAGGUCAUCCGAGGCUCCAUUCCCUCAUCCGUCAACCUUCCUCUAUCAACACUUGCCACUUCCCUGAAUCUCAAGCCGCAGGAUUUUCGUGAGAAAUACGGCUUCGAUAAACCAGACACCACGCAAGAAGUUGUGUUUUACUGCAGGAGUGGGAAGAGGAGUGCUUCUGCAUGUGAUAUCGCGCGGAGGCACGGAUACCAGAACCUUUUCAAUUACGAAGGGUCGUGGCUGGACUGGGUCGCAAAGGAAGGUGGGCAGAAACCUUGAACUUUGCGAUCCAGUGGAAAUGGCGGUUGACUGGGAGUUUCGCAGUGUGCUCCGUUCAUUGAGUGGGGUAAUGUCAUCAGGAGUUGUAAAUCGUACGUUCCGCGAUGGUCUUCAAUAAAGAUUCCCUGUACCAUGUUACCGUACUUGAAUUGUCGCUGUGGUUGAUUGCUAUCUUACUGUAACCGAGUGUCCACGUAUAUGUUUUCUGUCGGCUAUUGCACGUUGUAACGGGGUGUUUGCGCAAUCACAUGUACAC